AUGUCGGAUGACCCAUGGAAGCCAAUGCGUGCUCAAGCUAACAGCUUUAAUGAUCGCCGACGUGGAGUAGUUUCGCCAGACAGCCUCGCGAGAUAUCCAAAACAGUACAUGAAAGACUGGUUUUCGAUUGGGCCUUCUCGCGGCUCAUUCAAAAUGCUACAAAGCAAAACUUCAAAAGGCCAGCCAAUGUAUGCACUUUGUUGGGCCGACCGCAAGCCAAAAUGCAUUAUUUCCAAUCGUGUGAUCAACGCGUCCUGGUAG